AUGACAAUAGAAGAAUCAAUAGAGAUUGCAGUGGCGAACUUAAGUGUGUCAGAGGAUAGUGUAUCAACCAAGGAAUCAAAACCACCUUUAGAUAGUAGAGUAUGGAAAGAUACUCCGUUCACAUUCGGGCAGAGAUUGUUAGAAAAGGAUGAUGAUGUCUUCAGUCACAAUGCAUGGGACCGUGUAGAAUGGGGUGAAGAACAGAUAUUAGAUGCUCAAGAAAAGAUUUCAAAACAAUAUGAUAAUCCAGUUAAAGAUUUUGAUAAAAAAUUAUAUAAUUCUAACCCUGCUAAAUACUGGGAUAUAUUCUACAAACAUAAUCAAGAAAACUUUUUUAAAGAUAGAAAUUGGUUGAAGAUAGAGUUCCCACUGUUAUAUGAAGUUACAAGUGAAGAUUAUAGUGAAAAGGCAACUAUUUUAGAAAUAGGAUGUGGAGCAGGUAAUACAUUUUUCCCAGUUUUAAGUCAAAAUAAGAAUCCAAAUCUUAAAAUUUUUGGAUGUGAUUAUCUGAAAGUUGCAGUUGAUUUAGUUCGUUCCAAUGAAGAAUUCACCAUAAAUCAUGAAAAGGGAGUUGCAUAUUCAUCCGUAUGGGAUUUAGCUAAUCCAGAUGGUAUAAUACCGGAAGAUUUAGAAGAAAAUAGUGUAGAUAUCGUCAUUAUGAUUUUCGUUUUCCUGGCGUUACAUCCAGAUGAGUGGAAACAUGCUGUAAAUAAUUUGGCAAAAGUUUUGAAACCAGGAGGUAAGAUAUUAUUCAGAGAUUAUGGAAGAUAUGAUUUAGCUCAAGUCAGAUUCAAAAAAGAAAGACUUCUAGAAGAUAACUUUUAUAUAAGAGGUGAUGGUACCAGAGUUUAUUUCUUUACAGAAGAAGAAUUAAGAGAAAUUUUUGGUGAAAGAUUUAAAGAAGAAAAGAUUGCUACAGAUAGAAGAUUAUUAGUAAAUAGAAAGAAACAAUUAAAGAUGUAUAGAAAUUGGUUGCAAGCUGUAUUCCAAGCUUGA